AUGAAAACAUAUUCAUGCUUUGAGAAAGUUCUCACACCAGCUGUGACUAACAACCGCGAAUGUGAUCGAAUUUUUAAUAAAACACAAUAAAUAAUUAUUGAAUAAUUGCUUGACGUAUUCAGUCAGUAAGAAUGGAUAUAGCUACGUUGUAUGAGUCCUAUUAACGGCGUUAAAUUUUCAUUGCUGCUGUGUUGUAAGUGGAUUGUAAGUUAAACAUGAGUGACUUUCCUGAAUUGAAAAAUGAUUGUAUCUUACGGGCUGCUCGUGGCGAGGUGGUUGACAAUGUUCCCGUUUGGAUCAUGCGACAAGCUGGCCGUUAUUUGCCCGAGUUUAUGGAAACAAGGAAAAAGCACACGUUCUUCGAUAUGUGCCAAAAACCAGAGGUAGCAUGCGAAGUGACGUUACAGCCUAUUCGAAGAUUUUCCCUUGAUGCAGCGAUAAUAUUCUCAGACAUACUGGUUAUACCCCAGGCGAUGGGAAUGAAUUUAGAAAUGCGUCCCGGAGAAGGACCUGUCUUCACAGAACCUCUGAAAAACCCAGCCGAUAUGGAGCAUUUGAAGGAUAUAAACGUUAGCGAAGACCUCAAAUACGUUAUGGAUGCAAUUAGUACUACCCGACGAGCUCUCGAUGGAAAGGUUCCGCUAUUUGGCUUCUCUGGUGCACCCUGGACGUUAAUGUGUUACAUGAUUGAAGGAAAAGGAUCGAAGACACAAUCGAAUGCUAAAAAGUGGUUGUACCGCCAUCCUUCUAAAGCUGACGAACUCCUUUUGCGACUUGAAAAAAUAAUUGUAGAGUAUAUGGUAGCUCAGGUGAGAGCAGGUGCCCAAAUACUGCAGUUGUUUGAUACGAAUGUAGGGUUCCUUGAUGAAAGAAUGUUUCUGCGCUUUGUGAAGCCCGGUUAUGUGCGUAUUGCCACGGCUGUUCGUGAGAAACUGUCAAAAUCGUUUCGUUGCCCCCCACUUUGCUUGUUCCCUAAAGACGCCCAUUUUAAUCUUGUCCAUCUGCGCGAUGCGGGUUAUGAUGUGAUUAGCGUGGACUGGGCUAUCACUCCCGAGAAGGCACGAGAAGCCCUUGGAAACAACGUCACUAUACAGGGUAAUCUGGAUCCAUGUGCUCUUUACGCUGAUGAAACAACGUUACGUGAAUUGGCACGAGAAAUGGUAACUCGAUUUGGCAAAGAGCGCUACAUAGCAAACCUUGGCCACGGAAUGUAUCCUGAUAUAGACCCGGAUAGAGUCCGAGUAUUUAUAGAGGCCAUACAUAGCGUUAAAUAAGUUGAAUAUAAUGGCGACAGCUUGAAGAGCAAUAGAUGGUAAGCCAUCUGUUAGGGUUGUUCGAUAGGAACCCAUUUAUUUAUUGUAGAACUGUACCAACGAUGUGAUUUACACAGUAUUUUGUACUCAAGUCUUUAAAAAUGGUUGACUGUUACAGAAUUAGCAAAUGUAUGUUAUUUAUUAUAUGAGAUGACAAUAAAUAAUAGAUUAAAGUGUAAUCGA